GUGAGUCAGAGGGUGGUGGCUGUCUAAUUGCUUCCCUGUGUGCACAAAGCCUGCACUCCAGAGCUGUCUCUCUCGCAGUAAGUGUGGGAUCUCGGUCUCUGUGCACAGAGGUAACUCACCAGUAGGAUCACUCCCCGAUCUUAGUGUGCAUUUGGAUGGUCCGACUGUUAGCAGCGACCAAGUCACUGAAGAGCACUGCUUUCAGCCUCGCACAGACGCGCACUUCCUGGACCCAAAAAAUAAAAAAAAUAUAUUUCUGAACGCCGGGCAUGAGUAACCGCUUAUAAAUGGGAAACACCAAUGCUCCAGGAGUUUGCUGUGUACCACGGCCUUCAGAAAUGGUGGUUGAACACGCAGAGUUUGAGAAGGCCGGAAAGGAGCCGGGCCUCCAGGUUUGGAGGGUGGAGAAGUUUGACCUGGUGGCCGUGCCACGGAACCAGUACGGGUCUUUCUUCACCGGUGAUGCCUACCUUGUCCUCAACACCAUCAAACAGAAAUCUGGGAAACUACAGUACGACCUUCACUAUUGGCUGGGCGAUGAGUGCACUCAGGAUGAAAGUGGCUCAGCUGCAAUCUUCACAGUCCAAAUGGACGACCAUUUAGGAGGAGAUCCCAUCCAGAACCGCGAAGUUCAAGGGUUCGAGUCGUCCGUAUUUUUGGGAUACUUCAAAUCUGGCAUCAAAUAUAAGGCCGGUGGUGUGGCUUCGGGCUUUACCCAUGUAGUGCCGAACGACGUGAAUAUCAAGCGACUUCUGCAGGUCAAAGGCCGACGCCUGGCCAGAGCCACCGAAGUCUCUGUUGGUUGGGAAAGCUUCAACCAAGGAGACUGCUUUAUCCUUGAUCUUGGCGAUGAGAUCUACCAGUGGUGCGGUUCCAAGUCCAAUCGCUUUGAGAAGCUGAAGGCCACGACUCUUGCCAAAGACAUUCGCGAUAAUGAAAGACACGGCCGCGCCAAGGUGUUUGUGGUGGAGGAAGGGAUGGAGCGGGAGAAAAUGAUUGAGGUUCUGGGAGAGAAGCCAGACUUGCCAGAAGGAAGCCCUGAUGAUGUCAAAGUCGAUUCCUCCAAUAGGAAACUUGCAAAGCUUUACAAGGUUUCAAACGGAAACGGACCCAUGACUGUGUCCCUGGUCGCGGAUGAAAAUCCAUUCACGCAAUCCGCUCUCAGCUCAGACGACUGCUUUGUUCUCGAUCACGGCUCCGACGGCAAGAUAUUUGUAUGGAAAGGUAAGAGCGCAAACCUAGAAGAAAAGAAAGCGGCUUUGAAAACAGCCACAGAGUUUAUCUCAAAAAUGGGUUACCCCAAACAAACGCAGGUCCAAGUUCUCCCAGAGAGUGGGGAGACCCCCCUGUUCAAACAGUUCUUUAAGAACUGGCGCGAUAAGGACCAGACCGAAGGAAUGGGUAUCGCCUACAUCCCCAAUCACAUCGCCAAAAUCGAGAACGUGCCCUUUGAUGUCAGCACCCUCCACGAUUCCUCCGCCAUGGCGGCGCAGCACGGUAUGGUGGACAACGGAACGGGCAAAAAACAGAUCUGGAGGAUUGAGUCUUCCGAGAAGGUGCCGGUGGAUGAAUCCCUCUAUGGGCAGUUCUAUGGCGGAGACAGUUAUAUUAUUCUGUACCAUUACAGCCACGGUGGGAAGCAGGGACAGAUUAUCUACACCUGGCAGGGAGCUGAUUCCACUAAGGAUGAGAUAACCGCUUCCGCUUUCUUGAGCGCCCAACUCGAUGAGGAACUUGGCGGCGGCCCUGUUCAGAGCUUUGGGGGGUCCAGAUCCCAGGUGCGAGUUAUUCAGGGCAAGGAACCCGCUCACUUGUUGAGUCUGUUCGGUGGGAAGCCCUUGAUUGUCUACAAAGGAGGAACCUCCAGAGAAGGGGGUCAGACGUCAGAUGCGGACAUUCGACUGUUCCAGGUCCGCGCGUCUUCCUCUGGGUUCAGCAGAGCGAUCGAGGUUGAUGCCGCGGCGAGUAAUUUGAAUUCCAACGAUGCGUUUGUCCUGAAGACUCCCUCCUCUGCCUACCUGUGGAUCGGCCAAGGUUCCAGUGAGGCCGAGAAACGCGGCGGCCAAGAAUUAUUGAACGUUCUUGGAGCGUCUGCGUCGGAAAUAGCAGAAGGAGGAGAAACUGAUGAUUUCUGGGAGGCCCUGGGCGGAAAAGCUCCAUACCGUACCUCUUCACGGCUCAAGGACAAACUGAAUGCCCAUCCCCCGCGCCUGUUUGCUUGUUCCAACAAGACCGGCCGCUUCAUAAUCGAGGAGGUUCCAGGAGAAAUUACCCAAGAUGACCUUGCCACAGAUGACGUGAUGCUUCUGGAUAUCUGGGACCAGGUCUUUGUCUGGAUUGGUAACGAUGCUCAUGAGGAAGAAAAGAAGGAAGCCUUGUCCUCGGCCCACAAAUACAUCGAAAGCGACCCUGCCAAGAGAGAUAAGAGGACGCCAGUGGCGGUUAUCAAACAAGGGUUCGAGCCUCCUACUUUCACGGGCUGGUUCCUGGCCUGGGACUCGGAUUACUGGGCCGUUGACCCGCUAGAGAAGGCUUUGGCCGAACUCAACAUGUGAUUACGGAUCGUAGGCUCCUUCUCGGUCGUCCUCCCUCUUAGUGCCUUCACUGCCUGAAAGCUUCUCCGACCCGCUAGACGAGUUUCAUUAACCCCCUACCCCUCACGAGCAGUGCAAUAACCAAAAAAAGUUUUGUUCUUGUUUAUACCGUUAAUUCAAGUUGUACUUUUUGAAUAUUUAAAAGCAAUAAAGCUUGGAACAGAG